UGAACUGCCCUGAGUCCCCUUCGGGGGAAAAGGGCAGCAUAUAAAUAAAACCAACAUUCAACAUAUUUAUGGUAAAAUCUGCAGCUAAAUCUCUCCCCCCCCUUUUUUUUUUGCAAUUCUACCCAAGCCUUGAAAUUGUUGUUGUCUGAGAGGAGAAUGUUCUCGCUUCCUUUAGUCUCUAUGCUAUGGAGUCUCUCUCCAAAAGAGAUCCACUUAAAGCCUACUUUGCUGGCAGCAGGUCUUUUAUUUUUUUUAUUAGACCAGUGUGCCUUUUCAUAUAUUUCCACUCUGUUUUGCUAUUAAGCAGUUUAAUUUCUGUGUUUUUAAUUAUCUUUUCAUCUGAUACCUUGUUUUGCAGCCUUUGUUAUGGCUUACUCAGAUUUGAUUUAGUGUUUUUAUUAUCCAUCACCCAGGGAGAUUUUAGCCACAGGGCAGCUCAUAAAUCCUAAGACAUAAACGAAAAAUGCAUCAGGAUGUGGUGAUAUUUAAGCGCUGAUUUAUGCAUAUAUGCGGUUUCCUUUAGCAAGCACACAAAAAAAUAAUUAUAUUGAAGCACAUAGGCUUACAAGUCAAUUCGCUUUAUGGUAUCGGGUAGUAAUUGGGGCUGCAGACCUGCACCCCAACCCUUAUCAGUGCUAAGCUAGUCCUUAUCAAAUUCUGCAGCGCUGAGUGACCCCCGCGUUUCUAGGGUCCGCCUCUGAAGGUGACAGCCUGUGGCCCCUCGCCCUCGAAGUCACCUUGCCCUCUCCCCCUCCCGGGGGGCCCUCUCCCCGCAUUUCGCUCGCCCGUACCCCCGCAGAGAUGCCUGCCAGCUGAGGCCCCCCGGCAGCCCGAGCCCGGCCCAAAAGCACAGCUCGCCGGCUCCGUCAUUUCGCCUCCCAGACACAUGUGACGCCGCGUCCCGUCGCCCCUGGAACGCGCCAGGCCAGGUUCUCCGGGCGGCUGUUCCCUCCAGCGACCGCCCCAGCCAGCGGCCUCUUUCGGAGGCGUCCGCCUGCCGCUCCCUUCCUCCGCUCAGAGCAGCAGCCGCCGCCGCCGCCGCCGCCGCUCCUCCCCCAGCUCAGCCUCAGCUUCCCCCCCUCGCUCGCUCCCGCGGCGCAGAGACCCAGACCCCGGAGCGCGCACGCUGCCGCCGCGGCUCCCUGCAGCUGCUUGGCCCACUCGGUCUCGGCCAGGCCCGCUCCCCCGCCCGUGGAUCUUUCCGGCUCGCCUUCCCUCUCGGUCUGCCCGCCUGGGAGGAAGGCAGGGAAGACGGCGGCGGGGAGGGGCCGCAGCGCCCCGCAAGGACCGGCUCCGACCCUGCUUGAGCUCGCGCUUCCCGGACCAAGCGAUUUCCCCCCCUCCCCAGCGUCACCCCUCUCCGGAUCCCACAGAUAUGGCUGCAGAUUUUCCCUGCCCCAUGAACAUUCAAAAUUUCAAGCAGAAAAUGAUGCACCCUGUUGCCAGUAGCAACUCCCCUUUCUGCGGGACUGGAAAAACAUCUUGCCUUAAUGAUGACAAUGGGACACCCACCGAUCAGUUUGAUUUAUAUUCCACACAGCAAACCAAGUAUAGCCACACAGUUGGGCACAAGCCAAUACCAUGCCAGAGACAAGAUGCAUUAAAUGAACCACAUUUGCAGACCACAAGUAGCAGAAAUUUAGAGACGAAAGAUGAACUUAAAAAAAAGAAAAAUCUCAACAGAUCUGGAAAACGCGGAAGGCCUUCAGGGACGACAAAAUCAGCGGGGUACAGAACAAGCACAGGCAGACCACUUGGGACCACCAAAGCAGCUGGAUUUAAGACAAGUCCAGGUAGACCCUUGGGCACAACUAAAGCUGCAGGUUACAAAGUCAGCCCGGGGAGACCUCCUGGCAGCAUUAAAGCUCUAUCACGGCUUCCAAAUCUAAGUUAUACUUGUAGCAGUGCAGCUUUUCCUUAUUCUGUGGUGCAUAACAGAGGAGUACAUGCUACUGGUGAAACAAGUAGCAAAAUCAAACAACCCACUGAAUAAUAUGUAUAGGUUGAUAAAUAUUUCUCUAGUAAUCAUUUUUAAAUUAUCUGAGUUGUGGCAUGUUUUUUCACUUCUUUUGUAACUUUUUCACAACUUCCUUUCUUAUUUUUUUUAAAGAUGGCAUAUCAUAACCAUAUAAUGUUUCUUUGUUUACAAGUGGAAUCCCCAGUGAUGCCCUUGUGUAUUUUCAAAAAGUAGUUGCAAAUAUUCUGAACGACAAAAAAUAUUGCCUAGCCAUUUUAGUUGAGGAGCUAUUAAUUCAAAUAGCAGAUUUCCAGCUCCCUGGUUUUGAAGAUUGCAACAGAGACUUGAUUAAAACACAUCAGAGUAGAUUAAUAGAAAUCAAUCAUUCAAGAUUGUCUUAUAAAUAACAGUAGUUCUACAAAUUUUGCAAUGUAUAUGAUUCUUUUUUUUUUCUUUUUUUAAAUAGGAAUGAGUAGAAAUGAAUUUUUUCCACAAUUGCUGGAAUUUAACACGGACCUCAGAACUUGUAGAUAAUGUCAAAACUUCGAAGCUAUAUUUUUAGGAAGUUAUCAUUCCAGGCAGCCAUUCAUUGAAGUGCUAUCAGUUACAAGCAAUUCAAAUACUUUGUUAAAGAAAUAGUUUGUAUGCAGCACUUGAUCUAUAGUCUAAGUGCUACUUUUUUCCAUUACAGUAUGGUAUCUCUCUUGGAACUGCUGACUAUGGUUUAUAAAGCCUAAGACUAUACACACCAAAUUAUAAAUAAUGAAAUAUCAGAAUUUUUUUUAAUCUUAAAAGUGCUAUCAAAUAUGUAUUUAUUGGGCAUAAUUAAGGUUAUCUUUGAGAUUUUGUUCCCGUAUUAAUUCAAUUAAUUUGAUUGAUACAUAGCAUAAGCGGAGUUGUAGAAUUGCCCUGUAUUUUUUAAAAUCUGUCCGGAAACAUACAAAUUCAAAAUGAUUUUAUAAUAUCUGCAUAGCUAGCAGCCUUUUAAAAAAAGUCUAAAAAUUUGGUGUAAUUGAAAAUUACACUUUUCAGAUACAUGAUCUUCCCAUCUUAAAAAUAAUUUUGUCAGUAAAACUUCUGGAGCUAAGUGAGCAUAUAUUUACCAAAGGAAGACAUUUCAUGGUUCAUAAUUGGAAAUGAUACAGAUAAAUGCACAAGCAAGUUGUGAUUUGAUGUGUUUAUAGACACCCAGAUAUAUAACAGAUUUAAGGAAUAUAUCUAUGCAUGGAGGUGCAGAAUGAUAAAUACAAUUUCUGAAUUUUGUGCACCUAAAAUAAAUGUUCUGCUUUGAGCUGGGUAUGUGUUAUUAUUUUUAAGAUUGUAUAUGAGUGUGUACGUAUGUAUGUAUGUGUGAGAGAAAAAGGGGGAAAGACAAAAAAUGAUAGACUGUCUCUUCAGUAUUACACAAAUUGCAUUAUAAUUGACCAGAAAACACUCUAUUAAAUGGAUUUCAUAAUUGUUAUUCCAAAACUAAGUUUACAUUUAGUUAAUUCUUAAAUGUUUUAUCUUUAUAUUCACUUGAGAGAGGUUGUAAAUAUUUGCAACUUUCAUUUGGAAUAGACCUCUUUCACAUUACGUACAAGUGAAAAUUAACAGUAUUGAAUUUUUUCUUUGUAAGAUCAAUGUUGUAGCCUCCUGAUGUUUUGAUGACAGCUCUGAUUCCUGUAAUGACAACUUAAGAAAUGGGUGUCAUUUCAUGCCUUUUUUAUCAGGAAAAAAACAGCAAGCCUUCAGGUGUUUCAGCCUAACUCAUAAUGAGCUGGACUUUAUCCUAUAUUUUAUAACAGAGUAUUGAAUUGCUUUGAGGGGACUUUGUACGCACUGGCAACCAUGAACCUCAACAGUACUGGAAGGCUUUUUAGUCAUGUAAACUAAGGCAGCUAAACUGCUACUAAAUUGUUUUGUCUUAUUUUUUGCUCAAGCUAUGUUUCCUUGAGAAACUUUGGAAUUAUCAGUUUUUUUUAAACUUUUUUUCACAGAGGUGCAACUUUCGACACACAGUGCUAAUGUGAGCUAAUUCUCCCUCAGGACAUAUAUUGUACUGUCUCUUUUAUUACACUUCCCCUGCCUCCCCCUUCCCAAAAGCUGCUUGGAGAGAAGCUGAAUGUAAAAUCUAAAAAAACCGGCAUACUCUUACGGCAAGAUACAAAUUUAUCUCAUGCCAGAAGUGUAUUUUUAAUUAACUAUAUUUCUUACCUCCUGUUUUUCUCAUGCUACCCUUUUUAAAAAACUUCUCAUAAAUGAGUUUGUUUGACGAUGCCAUACGGUGUAUUGGGAGGUAAGGCAAUGCAUUAUAGUUCUAAUGUGAUGAAUUAUGUAUUCUGAAAAAAUAUAUGAUGAGAAAAUAAGCAAUUUAUGCUCAUCUAUAAAAUAGAAAACAUCCAUUAAAAAGACCAAUACAGAUAAAAUAGGCAGAAAGGGUAGUUAUAUACUCAUUGGAUUUAUUAACCAGGCCAGGAGAGCACUGUUGGACAUUUCUUGAUUUCAAUUGAUUUUACCUUCUACUGCAGUUCAUAAGGGCCUUGCUAUAGAGAAAACAGAAGUCAGCGAUUUGAGAUGUUUGAAUGAUAAAUUCAAAUAUUUUUGCUACUGCUGUAUAUAAUCUUCUGAAUACAUUGUGCUUUUUUGGUACACUAUCUCUUGUCAUGAUAAACACUGCAACAGCAUGUUAAUUCCUAUGCUUUGUUAUUACUGGGAAGGAAGAGUGUCCUUUCUUUCGAUAGUAUUGAUACAUGAUUUGUAAAGCAAAUGAUAAUUUUAUAUUCUAUAAAUUGUACUCUACAUAAGCUAGGAUUGUUAAUGUGUAUUCACACUGCUCAAAACAUCUACAUGUUGUGCUUUAUCUUUUGGUUAAAUAUAGAUAUUUGUUGUAUCUUUUGAUAAAUAAAUAAUUAAGCAUUAAUAGGGACCUAUACUACUUAAAAGACAGAAAAAAAUGCUGUUUACUUUCUAACUAACUUUACAUAAACUAUAGAACCAAAUAACUUUACUACUAUUUUUUAAGUCUUGCACUGGAUAUGUUCAAAAUUAUUGUAUAGGUAGUACUUUCUAAAUACAGCUUUGUCUACUAUAUCAAAAAUCACUUUUGUUUCAUAACUUUUUAAGGUUACUUAUUACUGAUCAGGAUCUUUGUUCUGCAAUGGGCCAUUUUUAAGAAAUUACACAUUUUCUUUUGGUGUCACAAGAAAUCCAGGAAAGUAAUGUAUAUGGGAUGGGAAAUUCCAUGACCAAUGAGGCAGGAGGGAUUACAGUCAGGGCAUUAAAAGAAUUUUAAAGGCAAAAACU